GAUGUUGGUGUGCGAAGGGGUCGAGCGAGAAGCAGAAGCCAGGCGAGGCAGAACCAGAGCCAGCCGCCUCAUGCUUCGCUCCGGCCGCUUCUCCUCCUCUCCGCGCUCGUCGUUGUAGUCGUCCUAUUUAUUUGUCGACUUUGAUACAGCAGAGGCCACAGAAGGAGGGAGGAGAGGAGGCGUCAUGGAGCUUUACUGCUUCGAGUCGGACCCAGUGGUGAGAGCCCAGGUGGACCCCAACAUCCUGUGUGAUAGCAGGGUCCUGCAGAGCCUGCUCACCAUCGAGGAGCGCUUCUUGCCUCGGUGCUCCUACUUCCAGCGGGUCCAGCAGGACAUCCAGCCCUACAUGAGGCGGAUGGUCGCGGGCUGGAUGCAUGAGGUGUGUGAAGAGGCGAAGAGCAACGAGGACGUCUUCCCACUCGCCAUCAACUACAUGGACCGCUUCCUCGCUGUGAUGCCCACCAGGAAGAGCGUCCUGCAGCUGCUGGGGGCCGUGUGCAUGUUCCUGGCCUCCAAGUUAAAGGACAGCAGGCCCAUCUCCGCAGAGAAGCUCUGCAUGUACACAGACAACUCCAUCACCCCGCGGGAGCUUCUGGACUGGGAACUCGUCGUGCUUUGCAAGUUGAAGUGGGAUAUGGCCUCAGUCAUCCCCAAUGAUUUUAUCGAGCACAUCAUCCGCAGCCUGCCGCUGCCCAAGGACAAGCUGGCCAUCAUCCGGAAACACACGCAGACGUUCAUCGCGCUGUGUGCCACAGACGACCGUCUGGCGAUGAACCCUCCUUCCAUGAUCGCCAGCGGCAGCGUGGGGGCCGCCAUCUGCGGCCUGCAGCUGGACCACGCUGACCAAAGGCUGAGUCAGGACAACCUGACUGUCCUGCUGGCCAAGAUCACCAACACCGAGGUGGACUGCCUGAGGGCCUGCCAGGAGCAGAUCGAGCAAGUGCUGGCCGCCAGCCUGCAGCGGGGCCAGCACUGCCCGCCGGAGCCCGGGGCCAGCGCCGGCCACAAGGCCCGGGAGCAGCAGGACCAGGCCACCACCCCCACAGACGUGCGCGACGUCAACUUGUGAGCGCCGCCUGCUGGAUGUGGGCUCACCCAGCGGCCCCUCAGGUGAAGGGUGGGCUCCCCAAGCUUCCACGCCUUUCUAUGUAAUCAAGCAAGGUAUUUAAGAUGAUUGCUGUCGAGACUUGAUAGUGCCUUUAGGUUUCCCUCCGUGCAAACCUGAAUAUAUUUUCAUACUUGAAGAGAAAUAGCAUUCUAUAUAUAUAUAUAUAUAAAUAUAUUAAAUAUAUUUCUUUUGAUACCACCUAGUUAAAUACCAUGAUCUAAGGUAUAUUUAGCUGUGUGUAGUUCUUUUUCCAGCUUUAGCGAGCAGUUCAGAUUUUGGGGGUUUCCUCAGUGGGGACUGGUCUGGAGUCUUGUGAUGGAUGUGCUGAUGAUGCAUGACACGGCGUUUAAACUGGGAGCAGAGCGGCGGCAGCGGCAGAGGAGUUGUGGUCAGGAGCGGGCUGGGCCCGCUCACACAGGCAAGGGGGACUGUGGUAGGUGUUACCUAGAAGGAGGGAGGAGGUGCUGGAUCGUCCGGAACCAGUUUGGAUGGUAAAGUAAGUGCAAGUGGACAGUGAGAGGAUGGACACGGAGGGAUGCUGUUUUGAAGCUGUUGGCGCCAGACCACUCGCCGGAGGGAGUGGAGUGAACGCGCCUGUCGACCCGUCGCCAGUGAGCAGGAGUUGCUAUGAACAAUGUUGAUGCACUUUUAAAACACACUCCUUCACCGUGGAAAGGGGGUCGUGGUUGUCGGGGAGAGUUCAGUGGGUGUUUUUUUUUUCCCCCUCAUUUUUUUGUUUAAGUUAUUUGAUUUUCUUUUUAUGGGGGCUGGAUUCCCACGGGGGUAUAUACCUUGACCGCUGCGCCCAGACGGGUGAUGUUAGAAUAUUUCAUGUUCUCUUGGCGCGCUCGCCAGGAAAAGCAAAAUCAGACCUAGAAUUUGUUGGAAUUCAGUGUCUUUAUUUAAUCAUACUUGAAUUUUGUUAAUCCAUUCCCGAACCUUCCAAAUGGUGACUUGUCUGGUGUUUUGCGCUUUUGUCUCGCGCUGGGUUAGGCCGAGGUCAGGGACAGAAAAAGCCUGUCAGAGUUGGGCCUAAUCCGUGUCUGAGCUCCUUCUGUUGUGCAGAAACCAAAAAUGUCUAAAGUGCUUUAAACAAUGUAAAUGUUUUGUGUGAGCAAAAUCCAAAGUGACACAUCAUUUUCUUGCUGCUAUGAAGCGUUGUAUUCACUUUUCUAGUCUUACACACAAAGAUGCCUUAUUGUGAUCCACUCGUGUGCUGCUAUGAUGCUCUGUACGUGUAACAGGUCGUUGCUUUUUGUUUUUUUUAAAUCUCUGCAUGUGUGUUCAGGAGUGAAGCGUUUGGUGCAGGACUGGAAGUUCUUGUCAUCCUUUUCAUCCUUUUCAUGUGUAAUCCGAUAUAUAUAUAUAUAUAUCCCGACGUAUCCGUGCUGCUUCUGUCGUCAUGUCGUUUGUGUACCUCAGGUUAAUUGGAGAAGAGCGGGAUGCCAUCUCGCAUUACCUCAUCACACGUCACUCAUCUUCACUCAAGUUUGGACGGGUUUAUUUUCUUUUUUUUUUUUUUUUUUUUUUUUUGAGAGGGUUGGAGCACGGUGCUUUUCUCUGCCAGCAGAUUCCAUUGAGGUGCCUGAAAAUUCACCCCUGGUUGCAUUAAUUGUUUAUUUAAACAUGUUUAAAAACGCUUCCAUCGUGAGGUACCGUCGUGGGUGAACCCAUCAAAAUGUUCAGCGUGGUUGUUGUUCCAAACUUUGCCCCGAGAGCAACCGCCGUGUACCUCCACCAUUUCACAAUAAAUUGGCUAAAAA